GACAGGGGACCGGGGGUUGAACCAUGAGAUCUCCAUACAGUGCCUCUCGCUUCGUGUCGCUCACCGACUUGCAGAUCUACGAUUUCCUCCGUCUUCCGGUCGUGAGAAGCUCUGAGAGUGGCUGAAGGCGAAGAGGCAAUGGGUGGCAGGUGCUUGGCGGUGUGCUCCCUGGUGUGUCUGCUCAUUUCGCUUUGCUCUCUGAACAGAGCUAGGUUGGACUGGGGGUUCUGGCGUCGCAGGUUGAGCAGUCCACAUGGGGGAGGGCACUGGAGGAAUUAUACCUGCAUUGCAUUGUGGGGUCCAAGACAUCCAAAGUCAGGUCAGCCGCCUAGGAUGGACCCCUGGAUCUAUGUGUAUGUGUGUAUUCUCUUCCGUUCGUCUCUUGUUCUUCCCGCGCCCCCAUUUCCAAAUUCCGAUGGUUUGUGGCCCCCGCAACACGAACAUUGGCCGGGUUGACCGUGGGCGGGAAUGAAGAUGGGAUGGGUGGUCAUGGAUAUUUCAAGAAACUGAUCAGUCAUCCAGCAGACGU